AUGGAGGUACCGAAUGUAAAAAGAACAGAAUACCAGCUUAUAGAUGUUGCUGAUGAUGGUUUUGUUUCUCUUUUAUUAGAAAAUGGAGACGUAAAAAAUGACCUCACUCUACCCAAAGAUUCAGAUAAUAACCCCGAUGAUGUCGCUCAACAAAUCAAAAGUUUAUUCGCUGAAGGGAAAGGAAUAGGCGCGGAAACAGCAGCAGCAGCAGCAGCAGGAUGGAGACAGCAACGAACAGCGGCUAUAUGGAUAGGGUUUAUAAGAAAACGGGGUGGGGGGGAUAGAGACAGAGAGAGAGAGAGAGAGGGGGAGGGGUCAGCAGCAGCAAGUGAAAUGCAGCAGCAGCUGAUACUGCUGCUCCAGCAACAGCAGCAGCAAAAGCAGCAGCAGCAGCAGCAGCAGCAGCAGCAAGUGUAG